CUUCCUGUUGUUUACCAAGGCUCAAAGCUGAGCAGCAUUCGUGGACAACAUGCGCAGCCAAAUGUCGGUGCAUUAAAGGCAGCGAGUCACAGAGCACAAUGGAUAAUCACCAAAAGAGGAAUCUAACUUUCUUCACAAUCGGACUGAUAUUUAUGCUGAGCGGCAUUGAGUACGCCGUCAUUCUGCCCACAAUAUGGAAGUAUCUUCAGAUUUUGGAGGCCCCCCCUUACUUCCUGGGUCUGGGUCUGUCUGCCUUCAGUUUGAGCGGGCUGAUCACAGGUCCGCUUUUCGGGCUGUGGUCAGACCGGACCAAAACUACAAAGUCCAUCAUCCUUUUCUCCAAUCUUUUUGAGAUUGCUGGUAACUUCAUGUAUUUUAUUGGAUACUCAAAGUGGCUGUUGUUAUGCAGUCGGCUUGUAGCAGGUGUCGGCGCAGGAGCGGGCUCCUCCAUCUUCGGUUUCCUGACUCGGUGCACUCGUCCCGAGGAGCGCGCCGGCAUCUUUGCGGCCAUCAUGGCCUGUCGACAAGCUGGCCUCCUCGUGGGGCCGGCAUUCAACCUGUUCCUGCGGCUGUGUGAUUUCAAACUGGGGCCCUUUGUUGUGAACAAAUAUACGUCUCCUGGGAUCUUCAUGUGCCUGUUGUGGUUGCUGCUCCAGUUUGUUGUCCUGGCUACGUACUGGGAUGUACCACCCAUCAGCUCAGAGGGGGGCGCGGUGAUGGUGGAGAUGAAACGAGAGGAGGAUGACGGGGAGAAGGUGCCGCUGAUGAGGUCCGAUGAGGAGCAGGUGCACACCUACAGAGCUGUCAGCCCCGACCAAUCGGAGACCUCCGCCUCGUGUGAGAUGCACCCCGUGCGCGGCGCCUCGUCCAUCUCGAACCCUUUCAAAAGCUUCAGCGCCAGCAGAGAGUUCCUGAGAGAGGAGGUGGUUGUUCUCCUCACGGCUCAGUUCAUCACUCUCUUCAAUCAGACAGCGCUGGAGACCAUGGUGACUCCUCUGACGCAGCGCCACUUCAGCUUCGGCGAGCUGGGCAACAGCCUGAUGUACAGCCUGUGCGGGGUGGAGGUCAUCCUGGGCUUCUUCUUUGUGCGCUGGCUGAGCAGGAGGGUGGCGGACCGCGCCGUGCUGGCUGCGGGCCUGGUCAUCUGCUGCACCGCUUGUAUCUGGUGCCUCAUCUUCCUCUGCAACCCCCGAGGUGGGUAUGGAUGGGAGCUGUCCGCCUUCAUCAUCGGAGUGUUUCUACAGCUGCUGGGGCUUCCCUUCGUGGCCGUGUCUCAGGUGUCUCUCUUCUCCAAAGUCACUGCAGAGAAAACACAAGGAUUCAGCCAAGGUGUUAGACGCUCAGUCGGGGGCCUGGCCACCAUCUUGGGUCCUUUGUGGGCUGGAGGACUGACCAGUAAUUUGUACGUGAUGCUGGGCAUGAUGCUAGCUCUCCUUAUAAUGAUCACAGUUAUGACAGCGCUGUCCUACGAGCGGCUGACUGAGCCCAGGGCAGUGCAGUGCGCCCAGAGCUCUGACAGCGGAGGAUAGAGCUGCAGCCUCUCUGAAGAGCCCGAGAGGCUAAAGAUGGACAGAGGGAGUGCCCUUCACUUCUGAGAGAAUCAAUACAAGUUUACUGCAGAGAGGAAACUGUAUGAGUGUGGAAUAAAAAAUGUUCAAAACACACACUGUACCUCAGAUCCUGCUGUAGAGGUGAUCACACAGGUAAACACACUGUAUGUUUCCAAAGCGUUGCACAAUCUCUCUGUUAUCAGACUUUAUUAGAAUCCACCUUGUCAUGCACAUCACUAUCAGACUAUUAAUUAUACUUUACACAAGGGGGCACCAUUGCUCUCAUAUUGAAUAUUCAGAGGUGUAAUUGAAGAUGAAAGCCAUUAUUUUUAAACUGAACUAUUUAUAUUCCCAGGUGUUGAUGAAAAGAUGAGAGAGCAGGUUUUUUUUUCUCCAUGUGACCCAUGUACCAAAUUUUUCAUUCCUCGUCCCGACUCUUUCUUCCUCUAAGAAAAAAGCAAAAGAAAUGCUGGGCUGAAAAUGAAAACAGUUGACACAAUGGGUGCAGGAGAGGAGUUGUCAACAUCUUAGCAGCUCCGUGUCAGUGUAGCUGAUAGAAGACGAGGGUCAAAGACAGUGAAG